CUCUAUAAUACAAUCCUGAAAAGAUAGGAGGGAGGGGGGAGAGAGACACGCAGAGACAAAGCAACAAUGGCGGGAGAGGUGGAGGAGGAGAAGAAGCUGAGCCACGUCGGAAGAGCGAUUCCGGGGAUAGCGGCGUUGAACCCGAAGCCGAGCAAAGGCUUCACUUCGAAGGCCAUUGACUACAUCGAGGAGCUCAUAGUGAAGCUCAUGUACGGCCCUCCCCGGCCCCUUCACUAUCUCUCCGGUAACUUCGGCCCGGUUCCUACAGAGACUCCUCCAGUCACGGACCUCCCCAUCACAGGCCACCUCCCUGAAUGCUUGAAUGGAGAAUUUGUGAGGGUCGGUCCCAACGCCAAUUUCGCCCCUGUGGGCCGGCUACCAUUG